CCGGGUCUGGGGGGUCCAGUCGUGAUUGUUGGCGACGUUGCCAGUUUUCCGCGCCGUCGGACCUCCGGGAAGACAGAGCGGGGGCAACGCCUGCUUGCGACGACGAGCUGCGGAGAUGGGAUCCACCAGGGGGCCAUAUAUGCGAACCCCACCCCCACCCCCCCAUUUUCUGAGGGGGAGGGUGGGCUUCGCUUCGCUUCGCUCAGAAAUCGUGGGUUGGUGGGGGUAGGGCUCGCAUGUGGCCCCCCCUGUAUCCGUGUGCACCUACACGACCACCUGGGGCAGCCCGGCGCCCCCGCCGAUCCCUGCACGGGGCGCCCUCCAGGCGGCAUCGGCGCCCGUCCUCUCCUGCGCCCCCCCCCCCACAAGGCACUGGCAGUCCUUCCCGUGGAAGUACAGCUUCGAGAGCGGAGGGGCCUGGACAUGGAGGCCGGAGCGCCACCAGGCGUUGGACUUCAGCCUGCACGAGACGGCGGCCCCCGACUGCCCGGAGGAGCUGAGGGAGGAGCUGUGGCGUUGGAGCCGGGAGCAGGUGGGCUUGCCAGCGCACCUCGACGACGGAGACAUCUUCGCGGAUGCUGCGCAACAGUAGUCGGAACAAAAAAAAUGCCUGAAAAAAAGAGCUCUCAUGCACGAGGUUCUUACUGCACUCCGUUUCUCGAUCCCGCCUUGUGAGCCCGCGGAGCAGGAGUCACGGGGGGCCACCAGAGGGGGUAUCUCACGCACACAUGUUAUUACAUUGUUGCAGUUCUGCCACC